AUGCGGACCAAUGAGCCUAGUGCUGCGUCAAAUUCUCUCCGUGUCUCGUUGCCUGUUAGACCUGCAGAGCCAGGUUCCUCCCCGACUGUGGAUGGAAGCCGCGUUGAGUGCAUCCGGAAUGCCGUCUCUACGGGGAAGACUAUCAGUGGCUUGUUGGCAAAUACAUUAAGGCAAAGCACUUUGGCGAACGACGAGGAGUCCAAUAUUCAUCAACUCGUGGCCCGUGCAGAGGAGCUUCAUAACUAUCAAUCCCCAGUUGAGUUCACCAUAGGCUUAGUCGGUGAUUCCGGGGUUGGUAAAAGCAGCCUGAUUAAUUCAUUGCUUGAUGAGGAAAAAAUUGCAAAAACGGCUGGCGCUGGGAGUGCUUGCACAACAGUUGUGACAGAGUACCGGAAGAAGCGUGAAACUGAUGCUGCUGCUUAUACUGCCGAGAUCGAAUGCAUGAACGAUGGAGAGAUCGAGGACUUAUUACGGCAAUGUGUCGUGGAUUACAGGCGAUACCACCUUCUAGAGCCAGGCAGCGUUGACGGCCCAGUGGAGGAACAACUUCGACGAAAAGCUCAAGUGGCGUGGAAUAUUUUAGAGACGGCGUUUGGGGAUCGCCCGCCGUUCCAAAUACGAUUUCAGAGUCGAGACGUCGACAUCGAUGACAUACAUCGAGUAGUCCUUGGAUGGAAGAACGAAAUUGUAUGGCCAGCCAACUUUAAUACCCAAAGGAUUGUCAUUACGACUGCGAACGGUGAUGACUGCGUACUUCAAAUCAAUCGAUAUUCAGGCGGACGUAUAUGGCCAUUUAUUAAAGUCGUGCGUAUUUACCUUGGUGCUCCGGUUUUGAGGAACGGCGUUGUGCUUGUGGACUUGCCUGGUUUCCGCGAUGUUAAUUCUGCACGAGUACGGAUAACAGAAACAAGAUUGCACCAAUGUGACGAAAUAUUCAUAGUAGCUGACAUUGGCCGUGCCGCUACGAACGUAGGAGUAGAGGAUCUCAUCGUUCGACAGGUAGGCAGGAACUUUGACGGUCUUAGACGGUCUCAGGGAGUUGCUAUCAUUUGUACUAAAUCUGAGGAUUUUGGACAAGAAGCCGAGAUCCUUAGAGAUGUCUCACACACCGACGAGUUCAAUCCAAGGACCGUCCAGAAUCUUAAGAACCAGAUAGAGGAAUCCGAGGAAGAUGGUAGACUAGAAAUGAACCUUCGAGCCAAGUACUUUUUAUCCGUGGAGUAUAAAUUGGAGCAUGGCCUAACCGAAAGCAGACGAAACCACCUAUUCAUAUCAGCACGAAAUCGUCACGUAAAACUUCGCCUCGAAAGGCACUACGAAGCUCAUGCCAUCACUCGAAGAAUUGAAGUAUUCUGCGUCUCUAAUACUCUUUAUCGCGAGGCUUGUGACCUAAGAGCUCGGGUUGAACAGGCCAUGCAGACUCGCCGACGCUCCUUAAACAUCAUAGAUAGGAGCUUGGCUGCGGAACAACAACUGGCAAGUUCAGGAAUCUGCGAACUACGAGAUUUCUGCGAGGGGAUUCCUCGUAGCUCUCAAAUUGCUGAGACGAGACAUUUCCUCGACACGAAACUCGUAGCGCUGCUCGAGCAGACUGAGAUGUGGCUCACUGCUAGCGUUGCUGGAGUGGCUGCUAAUCGACAAGAUGCGCCAGGAUUUGUGGGCGAGCUCCAAGCAGAGCUUCAAGCUAAUUUCAAUGAAUCCCUGGACACGACCAAUGGAGAGCUAAGCGAUGUCAAACUGGAAAUGCUCCAACGACCUCUUACCCGAGGCAGGAGCAGAUGGGAGCGGGAGGCGCUCUCAGCUGUGAGAAGGCUGGAGAGAUGGGAUGUUCGGAGCUUGAUGGCAUACUGGAACAACGAUGGGGCUCAUGAUACCCGUGCACAGCCGGAUACUGACUGGAACGCGGAUAUUAUCAGGGCGAUGGUAGGUGACUUUCAACCAUCUGAAGACUUGUUCAAUUCUAGGAGCCAAGUGCUAUUCGAUAGUUUGAAUAAUUCAUUCCGCGAAGGGCUGUCAGGACUGCUGGCAAGUUUAGGUGACCUUCGUGAAGUGGAAGCUUUUAGGCAAACUUUCCCCCGACGACGCCGAAAUCUUUACUAUGAUGUCAAUAAUGUAACCACUUCGUUCUCCGAGGAACUACAGAUCAUCUUCCAUGACCUUUUCAAAACCCAUGGCACAUCCUACGUGAUGCGUCAUAUGCUACCUAUGUACAGCGAGGUUCAGUCCGGAAGCGGUACAAAAAACAGGAUACUCACCCGUCUUGACUUGCAAGUCAGGGGUGAUCGCAAUAACGCUGGAGUAUUCAAGGCUAUCAGGGAUCUCUUCAUUUCAGAAAUCAACUCUCUACUCGAGGAAACGAAUGAGCAGCUCCAACGAGCAAUAGAGAAAUGUGGUGAGGAUAUUAUGAGUGAUCUUGAACUGUUAAGGGGUGAGGAUACUCCGGGAGUGGAGCAAGACGGUGUCCUUGAGACGAUGUUUACCGUAUUAGGAGAAGCCAGGACGAACAGAGAUGAAGCUGUUAGAGUGUUCGAGGCUGGGAUUGUUGAGCCCGUUGUUGUUUGA